AUGGCGAACCAUAGGUAUAUGGUAUGCUUUCUGACUGGCUCAGGCAUGUCAAGGACUCGCACGCAAAUCAAUCACAGCGGUGGCAAAGAACUGCCUCAACGUCGGCUUUCUGCUCCGGCACUCACGUUCGAGGGACCUGAGGAUCUUGCUGGCCAGCUUGAGGGAAAUGACGACGUGGUGGAGGUCCGGGACGAAGGGUUGGUUUAG